AAUACUUAACAUGCACCCUAAAUUGUUACAUGUUCAAAUAUUACUACAUAAACAUUAUAAUGUAUUAUAUAAAUUUGGUCAGUAAAGUUUGGUCAUUUACUGAUUCGAAUCGAACAAAGUGUUAAUGCUGGUAAUUAUUCUUACAUGAUAUCAGGUUGUGAAAAUUUUGCGUCAGAAAGAUACCGGUAUAUUAAUAGACAGGGAUCGCUGCGUACGCGAACAGUUGUCUGUAACAAUUCGUGUCGGCAGUAUCGCUAGUGCUUUUAGUUGAUUACUUAUCAAGAAACGUUUACAAAGAAAUCAGAAAAACUUUUUAACAAUUUGCCAUGGAAUAUUGGUCGAUAUUGUUAUCAAUAAUAAUUGGUGCAUUUAGCAUUUAUUAUCUUUUUAAAAAUUUUAAUUUUUUUAAAAGACAUGGUGUUUUACACGUACCACCUUUUCCAACGUUUGGAGUAACGACAUCGCUCAUAUUUCGUCGAGAAUCAUUCAUCGAUUUUUUGCUGAAGAUAUACAAUUUUUAUCCAGACGCAAAGUAUUUUGGAAUAUACCUUAUUACUAAACCAACCUUUCUGGUUCGGGAUCCAGAACUCAUCAAGUCCAUCCUUGUGAAGGAUUUCGAGGCAUUUCAAAAUCGUCGUGGCUUCUCUGACUUAAGUGAUCCUCUAUUUGCAAAAAAUUUAUUUUCUCUUCGCGGAGAAGAGUGGCGAAAUGUGAGAACUCUAUUGAGUCCGUCCUUUACGUCCAGCAAGAUGAAAAUGAUGUUCACGUUGAUGUCGGAAUGUGCCGAGAAUUUUACUAAAUUUCUAUCAACAUUGUCGGAGGAUAAAUGUGAAAUGGACACAAAAGACGCCUUCUCUAAAUACACAAACGACGUCAUCGCCACAUGUGCCUUUGGAAUCAAAAUUAACUCUAUGAAAGAUCCGACGAACAAGUUCUACGUUUACGGCAAGGAAGCAUUUAACUUUUUCAGAAGUCGCUCCUUAAAGUUUCUUUUCCUUAGAUCUUUCCCGAGUCUCGGGCGAUUUUUUAAUAUGAAGCUGAUGGACGAUAAAAUAAUGAACUUCUUUAAAGACAUUGUAAAGACUACGAUCGCUACUCGUGAUGCGGAGCACAUUACACGUCCGGAUAUGCUGCAGUUGAUGAUGGAUAUCAGAGGCAAGGAAGGACGCAGAGAACUGGACAUCGACGAAAUGACAGCACAGGCUUUUGUCUUUUUCUUCGGUGGCUUCGAUACUAGUUCAACCGCGAUGUCUUUCGUAGCUCAUGAGAUCGCAGCUAACCCAGAAGUUCAAACUAAAUUGCAGCAAGAGAUUGACAACGCUUUGGAAGAAUCGAAUGGAGAAGUGUCUUACGAAUCCAUUAAUCGGCUCGAAUAUUUAGAUGCAGUAAUAAGCGAGGCCCUCAGAUUAUAUCCGCCAGCUCCUUUCUUAGACAGACAAUGUAACAAAGAUUAUGAGUUACCGUCUACACUACCAGGCGAGAAACCAUUUGUCACGAAGAAGGGUAUGAAUUUUUGGAUUCCAGUUGUCGCGAUUCAUCGUGAUAAAAAGUAUUAUGAUGAUCCGGAGAAAUUUUGUCCAGAUAGAUUUUUAAACAACGGGACAAAUCAAAAUUCGUCGCUACAUGCUUCCUCAUAUUACAUGCCGUUCGGAUUAGGACCAAGAAUGUGUAUAGCUAACAGGUUCGCCAUACUAGAAGUCAAAGUCCUAUUGUUUCACUUACUAGCGCGAUGUGAGCUGAAACCUUGCGCGAAAACAACGUCUCCAAUGAAAUUUGCCAAAACUUUGAUAGUAAUGCCGGAGAAUGGUUUCUGGUUGAACAUUCAGGGUAGGAAAGAUAUGCAUCCUGUGUUGAAGUCUGCGGUAAUAAAUGACUAAACUUCAAAAAACAUUUUAAGUUGAAAUUGCGAAACAUUAGAUUUGUAAUUAAAAUCACGUUUUUAAAUGAAAUUAUCAUGCGUUUUUCUAAGUAAAUACAAUAUUGUGGUAUCAUGUUCUUUAUAAUAAAAAAAUUAAGUUUAUGUAAUGUAGUAUUGUGGGUGUUGCGAAUGUUAAUUUUUAAGUAAUUCUUUUAUCAAUAUGUUAUGUUUUUAAUUACUUUUAUGCAUGAAUUCAAUAUUUUUGAAGAAGGUACAAUUUAGGCGACCGGUUUCCUAAUCGUACCUUUUGCAGCGUGUUGUAAAAAUGCUUAUAACAUAUUAAUGUGUUAUUAAUAAAAAGCUUGGCGUAUAAUAAUAGAUGCCUUAAAUAUAAAU